AGCCCGUCCAUCUCGUCAUACCGUCAGCGUCCGACCGGAAUGGCGUACACGUGCGUGCGUUCGCUCUUCGUUCUAACUUUGUUACAACUAUGCCGAGCCGAAAUAUCGGAUUCAUUACCAGAAUCCUGGUACUCCGCAAACGUGAUCAGUGAUGGCUUCCAACCUAAACCAAUUUCGGAGAUAUUUUCAACCGGACCGCCAUUUUCCACAACAAAUCCAAUUGUUGUUUUGCCGAAAGAAUCCAGUUCCGUGCCGGACGAGAUCUUAUUAUUAUCAACGCUAGCACCGCCAAGGAAAAUUUCAACGACUGGGUCUUCAGAAUUUACAAAAAUAUCAACAGCAGCAUUAGAGUCUUCGACGCCGCUACCUCCGACAUUCCAUACGAUACCACCUUCAUCAGUGCAAACUAUACUACCAACUUCAUACCAAACAACAGCGUCAACAUUUUUACCUUCUUCUACAACAUUUGUAACGCCAUCAUCAACAUUUGCACCACCCUCAUCACCAUUUCUGCCAUCGUCAUCUACUUUCCUACCAUCACAAUCAACUACGCAGCAACCACCAAUAGUUUCAGAGUUCACAAAAGAAACUAUACCGCCAUCCCAGUCAACAAUCUCGUUCCGACCAGAGAUACAACAAACAACUUUAUCACUGCCGCAACCACAAUCGCCAUCUAUAUCUCCGCAACUUUCGCAACAAAUACGACUAGAUCUAGUUCCUCAAGGGCUCUCUAUACAAACUAAUGCUCCUGCUCAGAACAUGGCACAACCCACAGCAGGACCUCUCUCUAACUACUUUUUGGUAUACCAACAAGCGCCGCAGUCUAUUCAAGGUUUGCCAACUGGAACGUCACAAGAAGCACCUCAAUUCAGUACAGCCGCUCCCAGUACUAGCACUGGAACACCAGCAACAGUGAUCAUUCAACCAGCCCCGACGGUGUCUCUCCCUUCAACUCGUACUGCGCCACCCUCACCAACCACUCCACUCCCAUCGACAACUCGAGCCCAAACGAGAUCUACAGUAAGAACUAAUAGAGGUUGCAAUAACGUUACUAACAAUCUUCCAGCAUCGAGGUUAUCAGAAUUAGGACCUCUAAGAAUCAGAGUGCUUGCCCCCAGCGGUUCAAUAACGAACGUCAAUUUUGUCAGUAAGACUACGACCACGAAAAGACCAACUACUACCAGAACUAGAAAAACUAGCAAACCUAAGAAAAAUACUUAUGAGUUCUGUAUAGACGGCUGCAGAGGAAAGAGGGAGCCAAUAUGUGCAGCCCCGCUUUCCUCUACUUUCCUGGAUCCCAAAACUUUGAAAGGCUUCCCGUCGGUUUGUCAUAUGGCUUGCCAUAACUCCUACAGAAAAGAUCCUUUUGAAAAGGUCCUGGACGGUCGUUGUGGCAGGCUGCGCACACGAAUCAAGACAGUCGACUCCAACACAAAGUUGAAGCGAGAAGAAUUAAACAAGGCACAGUAUUUCCUCGACAACAGCGGUGGUAAAACUAUCGUCGAAGUCUCACCUUUAAAAUAAAAGAAAAAUAUUUAGAAGUACCUACAUACUUAUAGAAAAAUGAUGCAAACAUUUAGUAUAUUACCCACCUGGUCGAAGAUAUGAAUGGGGGGAACAUGUAGAUAAAAGAUUAAGUCAUUUGUUAGUGCUUACUUUAAAAUCAUUGCUUCUGAAAGUACUGAAUUUUAUGAAUGCUUAUCAAGGCAAUGUGACGUUCUUUACUCGAUUAGGAUAUUUAACUUUCAUUGAGAUUCCCUUACAUUUAAGUAGGUAAACGAACAAAUAUUUUAGAAUCGAGUAUGGAAGCGACUCAACAUCGAUAUAAUGACAAUAGUGUAAGUUAUUAAUUUAGUGUUAAUAAAAUUGUUAUAAUUUAGGUGUGUAUCAAAUUAUGCAAGAGAUUUUGUGUUAAAGUCAAAGUCAAUAUCAUUUAUUUCAAUUAGUCCAGGAACGUCAAUAAACAAUUUAAAGUGAAGCUAUUU